AUGGAGAAUAACUCCAGCCGCGUCAUCCGGUCCUCCUCGUCGAGCAGCGACCCGGGCGCGACCCCCUCGGCCUCCUCCUCCGCCUCUCUCGCGCGCAACCGCGCCAACGCGCGCACCGCCUGCUGCAACGUCGCGGCCUCGCCCAAGACGAGGUCGUCGAGCUUCGCGAGACGCCAUCGCGUGAGGCCGCCCUUCGGCUUCUUCGACUUUUUCUGCUCGUCUCUCGACAGCGCGUGCACGUUGGUGAGCUCGAGCGCUGCGAAUCGCGCGCGCUUCGCGUCCGAGAUCCCCCGAGAUCCGCCCCCGGCGACCGCGUCGAGGUCGUUCUCCUUCUUCACGAACGACCUGAGCGCGGCGCGUUUCUUCGCGAUGAGCCGCCAUCCCUCCUUCGCGUCCUCGAGCCACGCUUCGUAG